GGAAUUCGUUGGUUUUAAUUCUCAUAUAUUCUUAAUAAAAUAUAAAUGAUUGGGAUCAGUGAGUGGAUCACUGAUCGGGAUCUCCAGUAUCGAGUUGUCAUCGUCUGCCAUCGCUCUGGUCAAUAACAAAAUCAAACCAGCUUUUCUCCAAAAACUGAAAUCAAAAUCAAAACCCUGCAAAUCAGAGGUUCAUCUCACUUUCUUCUCACUCAAUCUAGCUGUAUGUACACACACGCAUAUAACGAGUAUACGAGACGAUAAAUAUUUUGUUUUUGUUCUGUACUAUAUUCAACAGAGACCGUUAAAACCGCUGCCUCCUCCGUGAAGACCUCCCGACGCUCUCUUUUAAUUUAAACGAAGUCUCCAUUGAGAUUUUAGCAUCAUCUUCUUCUUCUCUUUGGUGUUUGAUGUUUACUGUCGAUCGUGGCCAUGGAGGUGGCGGGCGUCAGAGGAGCGCGAUUUUUUAUUUCCUGUUCGUUGCCGGACUUUGAAUCUGGGAUGUUGCCUCUGCCGAAGAAUGCUUGUGUGAGACUGCCGGUGUCUAAUGCAUUUAAUUUGGAUAAGGGAGGGAAGCUGUUGGGACUGCUUGGGGUUAAUGAUGGCGGAUUGAGCUCCUUGCAGCCGCUCAAGGCUACGGAAGAAUCGAUCACUUCGUUCUCUACUGGUUGUGCCGGCAUUUCUGGUGAAAAUCUUCGCCAGAUGUCUCCCACUGGGUCAACAAACAUUGUGUGGCAUAAAAGUUCAGUUGAUAAAUUUGACAGACAAGAGUUACUUCAGCAGAAAGGCUGUGUCAUAUGGAUUACCGGUCUCAGUGGUUCAGGAAAAAGCACUUUGGCAUGUGCUCUGAGUCGAGCAUUGCACUCAAGAGGAAAAUUCACCUACAUUCUUGAUGGCGACAAUAUCCGGCAUGGUUUAAACCAGGACCUUGGAUUUAAAGCAGAAGAUCGAGCCGAAAAUAUAAGGAGGAUUGGGGAGGUGGCAAAGCUAUUUGCAGAUGCUGGCAUUAUUUGUAUUGCUAGUUUGAUAUCUCCUUACAGGAGAGACCGUGAUGCUUGUCGUGCACUAUUGCCAGAAGGAGAUUUCAUUGAGGUGUUCAUGCAUGUCCCACUCCAUGUUUGUGAAACAAGGGACCCAAAGGGUUUGUACAAGCUUGCACGAUCUGGAAAGAUUAAAGGUUUUACUGGGAUUGAUGAUCCGUAUGAGCCACCUCUGAAUUGUGAGAUAGUCUUACAAGACAAAGGAGACAAUUGCACGUCUCCAUGUGAUAUGGCUGAAAUUGUAAUAUCAUACUUGCAGGAGAAUGGAUACCUUCAGGCCUAGCUUUCAAGUACAGUUCUGUUGCCUAGUUGCUGUUGCUUUAUCAAUGGUAACUCUUUUUGUUUACUUCUGAAAGCAGGACCUUUCAAGGAAAUUUCUCGCAUUUGUCCAGUUCUAGAUAAAUAAUUUUCUACUCUGAGAUUAGUCAGUCUAUUUGCUCAGUAAUAUUAUUUGUGCUCUCUGCUCUCGCAUAAUUUAAGUUUUCCGAAAUUCAGCUGAUGGAUGGUGGAUUUGAUCCUGGCUUUGAUUACAUAACCUGUAUAUAGUUUGUACCGGGAGGCGGUAUCAUGUUCAUAAUAAAAGUUAGUCCAGAAGUUCCUCGACGACUUGUACCCAAAAUAAAAGACUUGUAUUUAUGGAUCUAUACUUCUCCAAGAUUUCAAAGCAAAAACUUUCAAUUAUAUGUGUAAUUUAUAAUGUAUCAGUGCCAAAUUCAGUUUCA